AUUCGAAUCGCAGCACUGAACGCGAGCUCCACAGUUGAGGAUGACUAUGAAGGUACCUUCAAAAGUCAUAAGACACAGACAAAGGAAGCUCAAGAAGCAGAAGCUUUUGCUUUGUACCACAAAGCUCUGGACCUUCAGAAACACGACCGAUUUGAAGAGUCGGCUAAAGCUUAUCAUGAGCUGCUUGAGAUUCGGCUUCUGCGGGAGGCAGUUCUUUCUGGUGAUGAGAAAGAAGGGCUAAAGCAUCCAGGCUUGAUGUUAAAAUAUUCCACCUACAAAAACCUGGCACAACUGGCAGCACAGCGGGAUGACUUGGAGACAGCCAUGGAGUUUUAUUUGGAGGCUGUAAUGCUUGACUCUACUGAUGUCAACCUCUGGUAUAAAAUUGGUCGUGUGGCAAUAAAACUAAUCCGCCUACCUUUGGCUCGUCAUGCUUUUGAAGAAGGUCUCAGGUGUAAUCCUGAUCACUGGCCUUGUUUAGAUAACCUUAUCACAAUCUUGUACACACUCAGUGACUACACAACGUGUUUGUACUUUAUCUGCAAAGCUCUGGAAAAAGACUGUCUAUAUAGCAAAGGACUGGUUCUGAAGGAGAAGAUCUUUGAGGAGCAGCCUUGCCUCCAGAAAGAUUCCUUAAGGAUGUUCCUCAAAUGUGACAUGUCUAUCCAUAAUGUAAAUGUGAGUGCAGCUGAAACAGGAAGAAUCAUAGAUGAAGCACUGGAGCUACGUAAGAAAAGACAAGCUUUGCUAGUGCGUGAGAGAGAACCAGACCUCAGACUAGUCCAGCCAAUUCCCUUUUUCACGUGGAAGUGUUUAGGAGAAGCUUUACUUGCUAUGUAUCACCACCUCACAACAUGUGAUCCUCCUCGACCCAGUCUGGGAAAGAGAAUUGAUCUCUCAGAAUACCGAGACCCAGUUCAACAUUUGAUUCUUUCUCCUACCUCUACUCCUGUCAGUGUUAUUCAGCCAACUCCUGUCACCACUAAUCCAGUGGUGACAAUGCCAGAUCCUGUGUUACCUUUUACUCCAAUGACACCCAACUUUCCAAGUCACAGUCAGAAUUCAUUGGAACCAGGAGCUACUGUAGGUGAGCAAGGUGACAUGUCUGCAGGUGAUAAAUCUAAGAAAGGUGUGAAGCGAAGGAGAAUUACAGAAGAUAGUGGUGAAACAGCAAAAAGGAGAUCUGCUAGAGUCCGGAACACCAAGUGUAAAAAAGAGGAGAAGGUUGAUUUUCAAGAACUGUUGGUGAAAUUCCUUCCUUCCAGAUUAAGGAAAUUAGAUCCAGAGGAGGAGGAGGACCCUUUCAAUAACUAUGAGGUGCAGUCAGAGAUCAAAGAGGAGAAUUUCCAGCAUGUUGGACCACAUAGAAUGUCAUUUGAUUCCACAACAUUUAUGGAAUCAGAAAAACAGGAUGUUCAUGAAUUCCUACUGGAUAACCUGAACAAUGGUGGGAUCUUGGAGCUGAUGAUGAGAUAUCUAAAAGUUAUCAGCCAAAAGUUCCUAGUGAAGUGGCCUCCUGGCUUGUGUGAGGUGGUCCUGAGUAUCUACAAUAGCUGGAGAAAGCACAGCAGUAGUCUUCCCAAUCCAUUACUGAGGGACUCAAGUAAUCAGCAUAUCAAGGAUAUGAUGUUGAUGAGCCUUUCUUGCAUGGAACUGCAGUUAGAUCAGUGGCUACUGACAAAAGGGAAGAGCUCUACAGUUUCUCCACGAAAUUGCCCUGCUGCUUCUGUGAAUGGAAAGUUUGGUCCUGACUUCCCAGGAACUCAUUUCUUGGGAGACUUGUUGCAGCUGUCACUGGCAUCCUCACAGCGAGAUUUGUUUGAGGAAGGCUGGAUGGAGUUUGUCACUCGGGUGUAUUGGCUGAAAGCUCGCUUUCUGGCGCUGCAGGGAGACAUGGAACAGGCACUUGAAAACUAUGAUAUCUGCACUGAAAUGCUACAGAGCUCCACUACAAUGCAAGCUAAAGCUGGCGAUGAAUGCAGCAUCGUCAUACGGUUACCUAAUCUACAUGUUGAUUCUGUUGUUUCUUUAGAAGAGAUUGAAAAGAACCUAAAAUCUCUGGAGAGGUGCCAGUCUUUGGAAGAGAUCCAGCGACUGUAUGAGGCAGGGGAUUAUAAUGCAGUGGUGCAUCUGCUUCGUCCAACACUUUGCUUUAAUGGUUAUGGUAGAGCUAAACAUCUGGAAUUUGUAACAUCCAUACCAGAGAGACCAGCACAACUGCUUCUCCUUCAGGACUCCCUGCUCAAAAUGAAAGAUUACAAGCAAUGCUUUGAACACUCAGAAGUUGCCUUCAAUGAAGCAAUUCAGCAGAUGAUGAAUGCGACAGCAGCCUCUGCUAAAGAAGAGUGGGUUGCUACGGUAACACAACUGCUUGCAGGAAUAGAUACUUCAUUAUCAUCAGUCGACAGCAUCCUGAAAGACUCUUCUGUAACACCAAGCCUCAUUCGAUUAACAAACAACCUGAUUCAGAUCAUAGACUGCAGCAUGGCAGUCCCGGAAGAACCAAAAGAACCAUACGUCUCCUCAGUGCUUCCGUGGAUUAUCCUGCACAGGAUCAUUCAGCAUGAGGAAGAUGCUUUUCGAUCCCUUUGCUGCCAACAGCAGCAGAACCAGGGAGAGGAAGUGAGUCCUGAUACCCCUAUGUUGCCUUCUUCACUCAUGCUGCUGAACACUGCUCACGAGUAUUUGGGAAGAAGAUCCUGGUGUUGCAAUUCAGAUGGUGCUCUUCUCAAGUUCUAUGUUCAGGUAUUACAAAAAGAACUUGCAGCAUCCACUUCUGAAGAUACUCAUCCAUACAAAGAAGAGCUGGAAACAGCCUUGGAACAGUGUUUUUAUUGUUUAUAUGGUUUCCCUAGCAAAAAAAGCAAAGCAAGGUACCUAGAAGAACAUUCAGUACAGCAGGUUGAUCUAACAUGGGAAGAUGCUUUGUUCAUGUUUGAGUAUUUUAAGCCUAAAACUCUUCCGGAAUUUGAUAGUUACAAAACCAGUACUGUGUCUGCUGAUUUGGCCAACCUUUUGAAGAAGACUGCUACAAUUGUUCCUCGAACAGACAAGCCUAUGCUGAGCCUAGAUACUGUAUCUGCCUAUAUUGAAGGAACGUGCAGCAAGGCACCAUCUCUCCCCGAUGGUGCAGACUAUUCUCCACCAGUGGUGACUGAAUUGUACUAUCUUCUGGCAGACUAUCAUUUCAAGAAUAAAGAGCAGUCUAAGGCAAUUAAAUUUUACAUGCACGACAUUUGCAUUUGUCCGAACAGGUUUGAUUCAUGGGCUGGCAUGGCUCUGGCUCGAGCAAGUCGUAUUCAGGACAAGUUGAACUCUAAUGAAUUGAAAAGUGAUGGCCCAAUCUGGAAGCACUCUACUCCUGUCUUGAAUUGCUUCAAGCGAGCCCUGGAGAUUGACAGCUCUAAUCUCUCCUUGUGGAUAGAGUACGGCACCAUCUCCUAUGCCCUGCACUCUUUUGCAUCCCGACAGCUUAAGCAGUGGAAAUCAGAACUCCCCUCUGAAGUUGUGCAGCAGUUUACGUCAGCAUCUCGCUGUGAAGGAGAUGGCGAUGAGGAGGAGUGGCUUAUUCACUACAUGCUGGGAAAGAUUGCAGAGAAGCAGAAGCAGCCUCCUGUUGUCUAUCUGCUUCAUUACAAACAGGCAGGUCAUUACUUGCAUGAGGAGGCUGCCCGAUAUCCAAAGAAGAUUCACUACCAUAAUCCACCAGAACUUGCCAUGGAAGCGUUGGAGGUAUACUUUCGACUCCAUGCUUCUAUUUUGAAGCUUGUGGGGAAACCAGACUCUGGAGUAGAUGCAGAGAUACUAGUUAGUUUCAUGAAAGAGGCUUCUGAGGGACCAUUUGCCAGGGGUGAGGAGAAGAACACCCCAAAAGUUGCAGAAAAGGAAAAAGCUUGCAUGAUUGAUGAAGACUCUCACUCUUCAGCCGGAACAGUGCCGGGCCCUGGGACUUCCCUCCCCUCAUCCUCUGGUCCAGGUCUGACAUCCCCACCUUACACAGCCACUCCAGUUGACCACGAUUACGUCAAAUGUAAAAAACCCCGUCAGCAGGCAACGCCGGACGAGAGGAGUCAGGAUAGCACUGCAGCGGUGCUGUCUGACUCCAGUUCCACACAGGAUAUGUUUAAUGAGCCUGUGAGUUCUCAAGACAGCCUGAGGAAGACUUACACAGAGAAGAGGGUUUCUACUACCUGUGCUGAUACACUGAUUUCCAGCAAAGAGACCCUGGGACCUACAGAGGAAAAGGUUGCAGGGAAGUCAGAAGAGCUGCUGGAGAGCUCAGAAUCUUACCAUCCUGUUGAACCCACUGGCCAAAAAAUUCUGGUGGACCCUCAGUCUGCUUCUGGCAAUCCCAUCAAAGCUGCAGUCCCCACACCCUCACAGUGGGACUGCAAAAAGAAAGCUGAACCUUGUGGGGAUGCAUCUGAAUUUCCUCAUGGUCUUCCAGCAGACCUUGAGGAACAGCGGAAGUUCCUGACAGAGCAGUGUAUUGCCUCCUUCUGUUUGUGUCUCAGCCGCUUUCCCCAGCACUACAAGAGCCUCUACAGACUGGCAUAUCUGUACACGUACAGCAAAACCCACAAG